AUGAAAACCCCCUUCGCGGCCCUCCUCACCUUCGCCCUCCUCACUACCUCCAACGCUGCAUACCAGUGCCUUGAUUCAGCACCCAACCUAUACUGCUGCCAGAACCACCCCUUCGCCUGCCAGAUUCGUGCGUCCCCCUUCUCCACCUACCUUUCUCCACCUUUCCGGCAGCUGCAGCUAACCGCUUCUUCCAUCACCGUAGUGCGAGACCCAGGUCAAGACCCGUCAAAACCGCCUGGAGCUUCAUAUCAACCUGCCGAUUUAAACGCGUUCGCAGCGGCUUGCACGCGACUCAAUGGGGCGUCAUGGCCAGCUUGCUGUUAUGUAGAUGCGGCGAUAACGUCGUGUAAUCGGGCAUUCAAUACCAAAAAUCGCAGACAGAAUCGUAAGAUUGCAAACUGGGGUACUUUGGACGGGUAUGCUACGGAACUUCCACAGGGGUAUCAGACACAAGCUCCAAAAUACUGA